AAAAAAAAUAAAGGUAGUUUUAUUUCCCUUGCGGGUAACCAAUUCGCAAGGAAGUAACCGGGCUUUGAACUUGAGUAGAGUGUGAUAGCGAAGAUCACGACGAAUUGCAAAGUUCUGUUGAGUUCAAAAUGCGAUCCACUCGUACCACUCCCACCUUCACCGUAUUCGCUCUCUUCAUCAUCGUGAUCUUUCCCCAUGUCACUAUUCAGGGACACUCAUUCUCACCAUUUGCAUCAUCCCUCGAAACCCUCCAAAAACAACUAGGGUACACUUUCAAGACCAUAAGUCUUCUCCGUCGUGCUAUGACUCACGCUUCCUUCUCCGAAGAGAACAACAAAGCUUUCAGCAUUUUUGGUGCUACUAUCAUAGAAACCUCGGUUUCUUUCAAUUUGCUUUCCAAAGACGUUGAUGUUUCUGCCAAAGAGAUGAACCGUCGAUUAUCGUUGAUCUCCAAUGUGGACUCUUCUUGUGCCGUUGAUGGAGUGCGUUUGGGGUUGCAUAAGGUGGUUCGUGUUUCGCCCAAGACUAAUUCUUCUUCCACUGCUGUGGUUUGUGGUGCUUUCCGAUCGAUAUUCGCUGCUAUUGCUCUUGAUACUGGUAAUUCGGAUACUGCCGGUAAUGUUUUCUUGACUGUUCAUGGUCGUGAUCUCGGGUUUUCUAUGGAUAUGUGAAAAGUAGGUCCAACUUUCAGUGUCUGUGUUUCAUUUUGAAGAUACUUGUUAAUAGCUUAUGUAUUAGUUGUUUGUAGUACUUAACUUUUGCAUAAUCUAAUUAUCUUAGAGUAUGUUUGGAUUGACUUAUUUAAGUAUACUACCAUUAGCACUUGUAAGA